AUGGCGUCAAUUGCUCGCUCAAAGCCCCACCUGAUCGCAGGUCGCUACGCCUCAGGGCUCUCAAGACCCUUCUCGGCAAAGCACUCCUACCCCAUCAUGGCAACACGCAUGUACUCUGCCCACGCCACAGCAACCAAAGAAUCCGAUUCUUCUCCUACCGUGUUCUCACGGGUCGCCAAUGCCGUAAAGUCGACCUUCUCGCCCGGAUCAUACUCAACACCCGCAACGAACUUUGGAAAGGCGACAACCUGGAACGAGGCAUUGAAGGAGGCCGAGACCCUCGUUGUGGAAAAGAAGGGCGGACCCGUUGUCGACACACAGCAGCUGGUCGGAGAUGACUUGAAGGACCUGAAGAACAACAUCCGGAAUCUUCUUGGUACUGGUCACCCUAUGUUGGACACCGUGAGCAAGUACUACUUCCAGGCCGAUGGCAAGCAUAUCCGCCCAUUGAUCAUUCUUUUGAUCGCUCAGGCCACCUCUCUUGCGCCCAAGAAGGUUGCUGUCAGUGUCAAGGACUCUUAUGAAGAGAUCGACAUGCCUAUCUCGGAACACAGCAACUUUUACAUCCCUACACUCAACAACAACAGAUCGGACCCCUCGACUUCCACGAACAGCACAACAGCAACAGCGGGAGCAGUCAACCCCAUCUACACACCCAGAAUUUAUGCACCAGAUCAGACACUCAUCCUCCCAUCACAACGCCGACUCGGAGAGAUUGUCGAGAUGAUCCACACAGCCUCGCUCCUCCACGACGACGUUAUCGAUAUGGCAGAUAAGCGCCGCAACCUGCUCUCUGCCAACGAGAGCUUUGGUAACAAGAUGGCAGUCCUCGGAGGCGAUUUCCUUUUGGCGCGUGCGUCUAUUGCUCUGGCAAGACUCCGGAACCACGAGGUCACAGAGCUGAUCUCGACCGUCAUUGCCAACUUGGUCGAGGGCGAGUUCAUGCAGCUCCGCAAUGGACAGGUCGAGAACGGACGGAACCGCAACGGAUCGAUGACGACAUUCGAGUACUACAUGGAGAAGACCUAUAUGAAGACUGCCAGUUUGAUUUCCAAGAGUUGUCGGUCGUCGGCCGUCCUCGGAGGAGCCACGGAUGAGGUCUGCGACAUUGCCUAUACGUACGGAAAGAACAUUGGCUUGGCCUUCCAGUUGGUCGACGAUAUGCUUGACUUUACGGUCAGCUCGGACGAAUUUGGAAAGCCGGCCGGAGCAGACUUGAAGUUGGGCCUGGCGACCGCGCCUGUGUUGUUUGCCUGGGAAGAGUACCCUGAGCUGGGCAAGCUGAUCAAGCGCAACUUUGAUCAAGAAGGAGAUGUCGAAUUGGCCUGGGGUCUCGUCCUCAAGAGUCAGGGACUCGCUCAGACCCGCAAGCUUGCCCAGAGCCAUUGCCAAAAGGCCAUCUCUGCCCUGAGCCAAUUACCUGAUUCCCAGGCCAAGACAGCCCUCAUCCAAUUGACCGAGAAGGUCCUCGAUCGCAAGAAGUAG